AUGGAAAUUUUCAUCUUCCUGAUUCAUUUUUGUUUCCAGGUAGAUUUAAACAUGAGAAUUGGAAUACAUUCCGGAUCUGUUUUAUGCGGAGUUCUUGGAUUAAGAAAAUGGCAAUUUGAUAUUUGGUCUUAUGAUGUUCGAGUAGCUAACCACAUGGAAUCUGGGGGAAUCCCGGGGCGAGUUCAUAUUUCUGAAGCAACUCUUAAAUGUUUAAACGGUGCUUAUGAAGUUGAAGAGGGUAACGGGCAAGAAAGAGAUUCUUAUUUAAAAGAAGAAGGGAUUAAAACGUAUUUAAUUAAGCAAAUAGAACCGAUGAGAACACGAAAAAGAUUAGCUUCAAGACCAAGUAUAUUUUCAAAUAAACUUUGGCCAGAAGAUGAUUCACCGAGUUCAAACAGUUCCCCAAAAUCUCCAUCACCAACCUUUCAACAACCAUCACCUUCUAGAGAAAGAAGCGACAGCGGAAUUCAACACAGUACUGUUGACGAAGAAAAUACAACCGAUUGGACACCGGAAAUACCAUUUGAAAACCUCCAAGCCCCAGCGCCUAGAGAUAUAGAAGAAGAUAUUGACUCGUUGAAUUUUUCAAUGACAAAACAAAAAUAUGAAUCAAACGAUGCUAGAAAACAAAACUUUCCGAAACCGACGAUGGAACAAGAAGUAGACGAAAUAAUGGACCAUAGCAUUGAAAUUGAAAGUAACAAACGCAUGAGGAAAGUUAACGUAAAUUUGUGGACGCUUAGAUUUAAAGAUGACGAAGCUGAAACACUUUUUAGUCAAUUAAGGGAGGAUAUGUUUAAAUCAAAUAUGCUGUGUUGUUUUAUUAUUUGGUUGUUCAUAGUUGGAACGCACAUUGCAAUUAUACCUUUGGAAACUUCAACAGUAAUAUGUUUAAUAAUAACAACAUUAUUAUUAUCAGCAACGUCCGUUUUGGUUAUGGCAGAAGAAUUUAAACAACUUCCAGCACAUUUACGAAAUAUUUCCACGACUUUGGUACAUCACAGAAAAAGUCGAACGCUCUUUAUAUGCGGAAUAAUUAUUUUAAUGUCUUGCGCGAGUACUUUAAGUUUGAUUUUAUACGUUCCAUCAAAUUCUUGUGCUGCAUCAAAUUCUUCAACGUCUAUUAACGAUACGUUAUUAAUAGACGAUAUCCAAUCGGAUUCGCCAAGUGAUCAGGAUGAAAAUUCAUCGAACGAAAUCAUUUUAAAUUUGAUAUUAACAGCGACGAUUCAUCAUAACAUCACUUUUAAUAAUCAAAAUAAGUUUAAUGAUAGUUGUUUGGAGAUUUGCAGAAAAUCAAAUUGUACCGAAUCUUGUAUUAAAUAUUUUAUUGAUGUUAUUGGAUGGGAUAAUCUUUUAAAAUUUUCUAAUCUUACAUCGGAAAAUUCGAUGAAAUUAAAACAAUUGUCGGAUAGGAACGAUUACAGUGGUAUAAAUAUAGAAAAUGUUUCAAAUAGUAUUAUAAUCAACAAUCCGGUUAUUGUUGAUGGGAAAAAUAAUACUUUUUGCAAUGAAUCAAACCAAAGCAUUCCUUGUUUUUUACUGAGGAAGAAAAGAGAUACUGGGACAAAAACUCCGCCAAAUUUAACAUUAUUAAAAACUUUAAGUGGAAGUAACAAACCAAUUACGACUACACAAUCACCAACAGACGAAGAUAUUUGUCAAAAUCAUGUCAACAAGGAAUGCAUUCAACCAGAAUACUUUGUUUUUACUUGGGUUUUAUGUCUAAUCGCUUUAGCAACAGCUUUAAAACUUUAUUAUUUAAUUAAGACGUUUUUGGCUGUGGUUAUGGUCACGGUUUUUGCCAUUUUAAUAAUGUUACCAAACAUGUAUAAAGAUAUUUUUGAUGAUUGUACUUCAAGUACUCUUCCCUUAUCGGCUCAAAUGUUUAUAUUAUUAGGAGUAUUUUUCUUGAUGGUUGCUUAUCACGCUAGAUUAGUUGAAGUUACGAGUCGUUUAGAUUUCUUAUGGAAACAACAAGCCGGGAAAGAACUUGCUGAUAUGCAAGAAACAAGACAAAAUAACACACAGUUAUUGAAGAAUAUUUUACCUGAUCAUGUUGCAAAACAUUUUUUAUCAACUGAUAGAAAUGUAGAUGAAUUGUAUUCUCAAUAUCGCGAUGAAGUAGGAGUUAUGUUCGCAAGUAUUCCAAAUUUUACGGAAUUUUAUUCAGAAGCUGUUAAUAAAGGAAUGGAAUGUAUCAGAUUAUUAAAUGAAAUAAUCGUUGAUUUUGAUCAACUUUUAGAAGAAGAUAGAUUUAGUUCAAUUGAAAAAAUUAAAAGUGUUUGUGCAACGGCAACUUACAUGGCGGCGUCCGGCUUAAAUCCGGGCCAUAAAGAUUUCAUGAAAACAGAUAGUCCUGAACAUUUAUGCGCACUCGUCGAUUUUGCUUUAUCAAUGAAACAAAGAUUAGAAGACAUCAACACCCACUCCUUUAACACUUUCGGUUUACGAGUUGGAAUUUCUUGUGGGCCGUUAGUUUGUGGUGUUAUCGGAGCUAGAAAACCAGUUUUUGAUAUUUGGGGUAACACAGUUAACGAAGCAUCUAGAAUGGAUUCAACUGGUGUUAUUGGAAAAAUACAAGUUCCAAAAUAUACUGCUCAAAUUUUAGGUGUUAGAGGAUACGAAGUAACUUAUAGAGGACGGAUUGAAGUAAAAGGAAAAGGUCAAAUGGACACUUAUUUUGUUAUUGGAAAAUCGGCUGGAAAACCACCGUGCUUCCAAAGACAACCGAGUCAAUGUAAUAGUUUAGCGGCUGUUGUUUACGCGAUGGCACAAACUAGGAAGAAACAUACUGGAAAUACACCGGGAAGUGCAGUUCUUGGAAGAGCAAAAAGUCAACAAAAAUCUGGUACAACAAAUCCACGGAAAUUAAUCAGUUAUAGUUCGAUGAGAUUAACACAUAAAACCCCAUCAAAUCCAGUUCGAAGAAAUACAACAAAAGCUAAUCAAAAAAAUCUACAUGCAAAGUCACAACCAAAUAUGCGUCAACUUGGUUCAGCAAAUCAAUUAGAUGGUUCAAAAUCGACAGAUAAAGAAACACCAAUGUUAACAAUGCCAAGAGCUACAGUAAGUCAAUCAGCACCACACACUCCAGUUUCCGCUCCAUCAAAUAUCGAAGGAUUUUUGAAAACCGUCCCAAGAUUGCUUUCCGAGCCAGCGGUCAAUUCAAAAUCGCGAAGUUUAUCGCCGGGCGUAAAAUCACUUGAUCUCAAUCGAAAAGAUAAAACUUCACCGUUUUUCCCCGAUAAGAAAAUAACGAUCGACGUGGACGGUAAUAACAGUUUGAAGCCAAAGAACAAUUUGAUUUCGCUUCCUUCGCCGAAACUACUCUCGAAAAAGGAUUCGAAAUUCUUUUUGAAAUCGCCGUUGGUUAAGAAAGAGACUAAAAUUCAAAUUGAAGGGAAAGUCGAAAGAAUAACUACGGAUGGGACUGAUGUUUAAAAUUAUUUUUAAAUGGCGAAGAAAAAAUUCUAGUCAGAAAUUGAUUUUUGAGAUGAAUGUUAUUUUUUAUAUGGAUUUUUAUCUGUUAGUAUUAAGCGAUUCAGUGUUUAGUAAAAAAGACCAAAAAUGUAUGUUUUUAAGAGUAGAAGAUUUGUAUAACGAAUGUUGUAUUAUCGUGAAAAAAAAAUAUAAGCUGAUGUUCCUUUUUAAAGUUUAAGGAAAAAAUAAAUAAAUUAAU